UGCCGCUAAAAUUAGCAGGUGCAAAAUCAAGAAGCAGCAGGACAGCAACCCUCCCCCCGAAAGAGGAACUGCGCCAGCCAGCCGGCCCUCCACACGGAGCGCUCAAAGCGAAAAAGGCUGCAGGAACUAGAGCCGCCCAACCCAGACUCCGGGUGGGGCCUGAGAAGCUUGCCAGGCGCGUGAAAUCGCAGCGAGCUGCCGCAGGAAAACAGCUGGCCGAGGAAGGAAGGGCGGGCUCUGCUUUGCCCACGUCUGGAAUGAGUGGCUCCAGGCGGGCAAGUUUCGGUUUAGUCAGUCCUGACCGGGGAGCUGCUUCCGAGCCUCAGUGCACAUGGCCCACUCUGGAGCGCGCAUGCCCCAGAAAGCGCUGCUGGCCAAGAUAGUGAUGGCCGGAGAGCCCGAAGUGGGCAAAACCUCUAUCCUGAGGCAAUACACCCAGACUUCGCUAGCGCAGCCCGCCUCCUUUAUCGCCACCAUCGGCAUUGAUUUCAAGGUAAAAACAAUUUCAUUGAAUGAUACCACACUGAAACUGCAAAUAUGGGACACUGCUGGCCAAGAACGAUUCCGUACGUUGACUACUAGUUAUUUCCGUGGAGCACAUGGAUUUGUUCUUGUCUAUGAUAUCACAAAUAUAGAAAGUUUUCAAGGAAUUGCACAUUGGAUGAAAGCUAUAUAUGAGAAAGCAGAUGAAAAUGUAGAAGUGAUACUAUUGGGUAACAAAUGUGACAAUGAGGCAGAACGUGCAAUUCCAAAACACAGAGGAGAAAAGCUGGCAUGGGAGUAUGGAAUACCCUUUUUUGAGACCAGUGCUAAGAACAAUGUAAACAUUGAACAUGCCUUUUCUGUACUAGCUGAAGAAAUAUUGGACAAGAACUCCUCCAUAACACUCAGCUCAGAUGUAGUUGACCUAAGUGAAAAUGCACAAAAAAGAACUUGCUGCAAAUUGUGACGACUGCCCAUUUUGUUUUUGUUUGUAUGGUUAUGUUGCUCAGUUUGUAGAAUUUUCUUCUUCAGUACCUAUAUUUAAUAACACAUGUAACUGGAAAUACCAUUGGGGUCUGUUUCCAUACCCAGGCAAUACUUUUUGGGGCAGAAUGCAGAAAAACAGUGGCUUUAGAACUUUUUCCUCUUAUGACAGUGUAACCUAUGCAGCGGUAAAUGGUGUUGCCAAAGUACAGCUUAUGCUGUAAACCAAAAAGCAUCUGAGAUAAGAAAACAAUAAGAACCCAUUUAUUGGGAUGAAAAAAACCCUCAGGAGUUCAUUGAGAAAACUGAUUCAUGUAAGAAAACUGAUUCAUGUUUAAGGGAACUAUGUUUAAGUACUGUGGAGAGAUACAAAAUUAUUAGACAUUAUUGUUUUUAAAUGUUUUCUUUUAAAUUCAUGAAAGUUUGUUAGUUGUCAAAUACAUUGUUCAAACCAUGGUUUUUGUUGUUCCAAUUAAAAAACACACACUUUGUAAAGGCACCGUCCUUGAGUUAUCAGAAAGAGUCUUGUGGCUGAUGUGAAUGAUCAGUGUGAGUUAUUCAAUAUGUAAAAGGGGAGGGGUGAAUUUGUGCAAAAGAAAUAUUCUGCCUCAAGUCAAAGUGCUUUAAUGCUAUGGAACUGUGAUUUCUGCCACCACAAACCAAUAUGUUCGUGCAAUUUUCUACCUCAAGAUACAUUAGAAUUUAGUUUGGAGAAGAAAUAUGUUCCAAAUGAAAUAUAUGUAAGAUUUUUUCAGGGCUGUAAGGGGAUUCAAUACACAAAAUUUGAAGCAAUGUAAGUAUUGACAUUAACAAAGACAAUAAUAAUAAUUUUGCUUGGUAUAUAUGUUUAAAAUGCAUCUAUGAUAUUUUCUUAAGAUCAUAAUUGUAAAAUCUGUUCAAGGGCAAGCAUAAUAAACAUACAGUACCUUCAAGAAAAAGCUGGCCAUAGUUGUUUAUUUUUAUAGGAAACCUUAGAAGCCCAGGCUGGAAACUUUCACUUGAAGAUAUACAAUGAGAUGCUAUGCAAAGGAACAAAGAUUCCUGUCUAAAAGUAUACUGUAAUACAAAAGGAAGGGCUAUCCAGUGUGUCAUUUUGCUUAAUACAUGGCUCAGCUAUAUGUAUUCAAGCCAUUUUGAUGAUCUUGGUUUGUAGAUGACAAAUUUAUGUUUAUUUGUAAUUUUUGUAUUAGACAUAAAUAUGCUCAUGAUAGUCAACUUCUUGGGUUGAAAGACUUAAGACAUUGGUGUGUACAGUUCAAUAAACAAUGCUAUCCCAUUUACCACAAGUUUUGGAGACAUUAAAUCUGUAUUGUUCUCUUAUAGAAGUUGCAGUUGAGGUUCCUCAGUGGUACAAGUCAAAUGUCAAAUAUUUUAUGAUUUUCUGGUAAUGACCUACCUACAUCUGCUGUUUGUACAGUUUAUAUACUCAUCUUAAUUUGUGUUAUAUAUCAGCAUAAUUAAUCCUAUGGCACAUGUAGCUGUGAUAAAAUGUAUUAGGCACAUCCUUUUCUGUUAUCUUUUUUUCUUUUGUCAUAGCUGAUUUGACUAAUAAAAUAGAUACUGUGAUAA